CGCACCAUGAAGAGACGUGCGCCGGGAGGAGGCGUGGCCUCCAAAAAGUCCAACAACAACGAGCUCUUGCUCCUUCACGACGAGCCCCCAGAACCUUUGGGCACCGUCGGCGCAGCGUCGCCUCGGCUUUUCCAUAGGGAUGCCCGGCGGGACUCGGCGGCACCAGAGGCUGCCGCGCUACGACGCGAAGCCGGCGGCAUGAUAUGCAACAAGAACGGAGACUGUCGAAGGGAGCCCACCAGCUCGGGGAGUCUCUCCUCACUCAUAUCCCGGCAAGAGAAGCACGCCGAUGGGGGAGUAGAAGCGGCCGAGGACGGCAUGGACGCGGCGUCAGAGGGACCCGGGGUCGAGGUCAAGAGCCCCGCGGGGACGGAGAAGAAGGACUCCCGGGUGUCUUUCUCCAACGCGCCCGGCGGUAGAGGGCUGCACACCCCGACUCAGCUGUCCACAAAGGCGGGGGCGGAGGACGGCGUGGCCGACGACGGCGAGUCCAACCGGGGCCAGACGUACAUGCAGCGGCAGUUCAGCUCCAUGCUGCAGCCCGGGGUCAACAAGUUCUCCCUGCGGAUGUUCGGCAGCCAGAAGGCGGUCGAGAAGGAGCAGGAGAGGGUCAAGUCGGCGGGGAACUGGAUCAUACAUCCGUACAGCGACUUCAGGUUCUACUGGGAUUUCACCAUGCUCCUGUUCAUGGUGGGCAACCUCAUCAUCAUCCCCGUGGGCAUCACCUUCUUCAAGGACGAGACCACCACGCCGUGGAUUAUCUUCAACGUGGUGUCGGACACCUUCUUCCUCAUGGACCUGGUGCUCAACUUCCGCACGGGCAUCGUUUUCGAGGACAACACCGAGAUCAUCCUGGACCCCAAGAAGAUCAAGAGGAAGUACCUGCAGAGCUGGUUCGUGGUGGACUUUGUCUCCUCCAUCCCGGUGGAUUACAUCUUCCUCAUCGUGGAGAAGGGCAUCGACUCGGAGGUGUACAAGACGGCGCGGGCGCUCCGCAUCGUGCGCUUCACCAAAAUCCUCAGUCUGCUGCGCCUGCUCCGGCUCUCGAGACUCAUCCGUUACAUCCACCAAUGGGAGGAGAUCUUCCACAUGACGUACGACCUGGCGAGUGCUGUGAUGCGAAUAUUCAACCUGAUUGGCAUGAUGCUGCUGCUGUGCCACUGGGAUGGCUGCUUGCAGUUCCUGGUGCCCAUGCUGCAGGACUUCCCCUCUGAUUGUUGGGUGUCACUCAACAAGAUGGUGAACGACACGUGGAGCGAGCUCUACUCCUUCGCGCUCUUCAAGGCCAUGAGUCACAUGCUGUGCAUCGGCUACGGACGCCAAGCCCCCGAGAGCAUGUCUGACAUUUGGCUCACCAUGCUCAGUAUGAUCGUAGGGGCCACCUGCUACGCCAUGUUCAUUGGCCACGCCACUGCACUCAUCCAGUCUCUGGACUCGUCCAGGCGCCAGUACCAGGAGAAGUACAAACAAGUGGAGCAGUACAUGUCAUUCCACAAGCUGCCGGCAGAGUUCCGGCAGAAGAUCCACGACUACUACGAGCACAGAUACCAGGGAAAGAUGUUUGAUGAGGAGAGCAUCCUGGAGGAGCUUAAUGAGCCUCUGAGAGAGGAAAUCGUCAACUUCAACUGCCGCAAGUUGGUGGCGUCCAUGCCGCUGUUCGCCAACGCCGACCCCAACUUCGUGACGGCCAUGCUGACCAAGCUGCGCUUCGAGGUCUUCCAGCCGGCCGACUACGUGGUGCGCGAAGGCACCAUCGGCAAGAAGAUGUACUUCAUCCAGCACGGCGUGCUCACCGUGCUCACCAAAGGCAGCGUGGGCAUGAAGCUGGUCGACGGCUCCUACUUCGGAGAGAUCUGUCUGCUGACUCGUGGCCGACGGACAGCCAGCGUGCGGUCAGACACGUACUGCCGCCUGUACUCGCUCUCUGUGGACAACUUCAACGAGGUCCUAGAGGAGUACCCCAUGAUGAGGCGCGCCUUCGAGACGGUCGCCAUCGACAGGCUGGACAGGAUAGGUAAGAAGAACUCGAUCCUGAUGCACAAAGUUCAGCACGAUCUCAACUCGGGGGUGUUCAACAACCGCGAGAACGAGAUGAUCCAGGAGAUCGUCAAAUACGAUCGUGAGAUGGUUCAACAGGUGGACGUGCCACGACCGCAGCCCUUGUCUAUAACGCCGCCUCAGCACAGUGGAAUUUUUACUCCGUCGGGUUCCUCUCAACAGCCCCAAAGUUUCGCUAUCGCCAACUUGCAGCAGGCUGUAGCCAUGAGCCUUUGUCCGCCCACGCAAGGGAACUCGGUGGGGGCCGGGUCGUUGCAGUCUCCCAGGAUGGUGAGGAGAUUCCAGGUGUUGCAGAAUAUAUCCAGCCCCGCCUCGCCGUUGCAUUCGCAACUCCUUGCUUCUGGUGGCUUUGCUCCAGUCCUGUCCAGCCCCUCUGUCCAGAGCCCCCGUUCUUUACCUUAUGGAUCCAGCAUCCUGGCUGGUCCCGCCGCGGGCUCCCAACUGUCUUUGGUCCAGCAACACACUGCGAGCCCUGCCCACCAUCCCAGCACGCGUAAGAGCACCCAUUCCUUGCCAAUGGAGAACCUCAGCCAGGACACCAGGGCGCUGUCGGCCUCUCAGCCCUCGUUGCCACAUGAAGGGAUUCACCCGGGAGCCCCCAGUCCAACCCCAUCCACUCGUGUCUCCUCCACUUCCAUCGGACCCGCUCAGACCCCAUCGGGCCACGCGGCUGUCUGCAGCGCCGUACCGCACAGGAUUGUGCUGCCCCACCAGAUGUCAGCGGGAGCCUUCGGCACAGGUGCAGCGUUCGCAUUAGGAACUCCUGUCGGGGACUUGGUCCGUCCCAAGAAGGACUCCAUCGUGAGCCUUCCGGAGACGGAGCAGAUUAAAGUCCGAUCCCGUUUAUCCUCAAACUUGUGAUCGUGAUUUAAGCCUUCUGGAGUUUAUGAGGGGCUUGACAUGAACACGAAGGAGCUACGGUACUCCAGUUGGACGGUGUGAAUGUAUGAAAUGAGUGACUGGCAGAAGUAGACUCUGAUACAGUAGUUAACUUUGGACUCUUCUGCAUUGAGUUCUUUCUACUCACAGACAUAAUUAAAUGCACAGAAUCAUAGCAUAGCGUUGUAGCAACCUCCCAAAUUUGCCUCAUUUGUCCACCGUAGUUCCAAAUAUAUGCUUAAGUAUCCUUGUACCCACUUUGUUUGACUGAGGACUCGAAUAAGAACAGGAAGGGGAACCUGCUUCUGAGCUUCUGCCUCACUUUGCUAGCUUUCAACGCCAUGGUAUCAUAGGGAUGUCUCUCUUUAACAUCCAUUACACAGGUCAGUCCUCUAGGCUCUAGGUCUCAUUUUCACCACUUGAUUAGAGAUUUUUGCUAUGACAGAGGUACCAUAAUUUAAAUUCGUACCAUGACUCAGCUUGGAAAUCAGUUUAAUCUGAUUUCUAAUUGUGAGUGAGAUGCUGGGCGGAUGUUGUGAGGUUCUGGACUGCGUUGAGCAUAUCUGAAUUCGAUCGUAGCUCCAAUUUUGACAGCAAAAACAAAACAAAACAAAACAAAAUAUCGACCGAAUGACAGCUUUUUAACUCCUUGGGCGAGAGGCGGGGUACACCCAAGACUGGUCACUAGCCAGUCCCAGGUUGUAGCUCUUACACCAUCCAUUAAUUUUCUAUAGCAUUUAGCCUAUUUAGCAUAACUGGGAGCUGGGACCUAUCCCAGGUGACUUAGAGUGAAAAGGCGGAAGUCAAUACCAGUGGACCCUUACAUACUGAGCACCUGUGGAUUCACCUAUUUGCUGUUUUUCCCCCCCCCGUUUUUUCUUUACUUUUUUUUUUUGGGAGACCCAAUGCCCAAAAAUCUUAUUAGUGAUUUAUCCCCGCAUAUAAAUAUUUUAAUUUUUUUGUUUUCCAAUGCAAUUAUAAUGGGCGUCAAUUAUUUGCAGAUUUUUGCAAUCCGCAGUCCAGUCCCGUCCCGAACUCUACUGUACCUCUAAAAUCGCACGAUAGAUAGGAUACUUCACCUCACCUGUGACCCUAUAGAAAAAAUAGAUUUUGUUGUUUUUACAUUUUAUAGUGGUUGACCUCUUGAGAAAUGUGUAUGGCAGUUAAUGCAUUUUUAAAAAUACUUCCCGGAACAGAUUGUGUUCAACUUCAGAGGUUCCACUGUAUGACUCCUGUAUUGGUUAAGAACUUUCAUGUGCUUUCAGGCUGAAUAUUCACACAUUGCCUGCAAGACGAAAAUCUAUUUGUGUGACCUGCCUUCCAAUAGAUGAAGUCGAAAAGAAAUGAUUUUUGAUUUCCUUCGGGGCUUGUACAGCAGAGCUCAAAGGGCAGUAAAUAUUGGAAUUCAAUCAACAAGGCGGCCUGAUAAUGUUUGCUGGAAUUGCAAGUAGGCGAAUACAAAAAUAUCAGAUGGGAAAAGUUUCUAAGGGAGGAUCAUGUGUCAGAGAAGGCCUCUGUCAGUCAGGGAGUGUGACGGGCCACACUGAAGAAAAAAACAACAACAAAAAAAUCACAAAUUACAAAAAGACGAAGCUGGAGAAUAAACCCAGCAAAAGAGGUUGUUUCAAAUGGUGUAUUUUCAAAAUCUUCAUAUUCACAUCAAAUUGUUCAUACUGAUGAUGGCGUUGAUUUGACAAAAUACUGACUGAUGUUCUUCAAUCUUGUAAGAUUACAAUUUAUUUUGCCCAAAUAAUGCACUCCUUUUUUCCAUAAUUAACAACUUAAUUCCUGUAACUUCCCAACUUUAUUCUCACAAAAAUUGCAAAUAUAUUUUGUCAUGUUAGUUUAAUGAUUGUAAAUUAUAGUAUUCAAUAUUCUAAGUGUACUAUCACCUUAUAAUUGUGUAUAACUUUUUCCUCACAAUAUUAGGACUCCAUCCAUCCAUCUUCUUUACCGCUUCUCCUCAUGAGGGUCGCAGGCGUGCUGGAGCCCAUCCCAGCUAUCUUCGGGCGAGAGGCGGGGUACACCCUGAACCGGUCGCCAGCCAAUCGCAGGGCACAUACAAACAAACAACCAUUCACACUCACAUUCACACCUACGGGCAAUUUAGAGCCUCCAAUGAAUGCAUGUUUUUGGGAUGUGGGAGGAAACCGGAGUGCCCGGAGAAAACCCACGCAGGCACGGGGAGAACAUGCAAACUCCACACAGGCGGGGCCGGGAUUUGAACCCCAGUCCCCAGAACUGUGAGGCAGAUGUGCUCACCAGUUGGCACCACCGUGCCGGCUAAUGUUAUGACUCCUUUAACAUAAUUUUAUUUCUAGUAUCAAUACGACUUCAUGUAAAAAUUAUUACUUUGUUCUCGUAAAACUGCGACGUCUUUUAUUAUAUUUGAUUGUAUGUAUUUUUAAAUCUCAUAAAAUAGUGACCUUAUUCAUGUAAAAUUUAAAAUUUUUCUGGCCAUAUCACAAAAUUAUCAUCGUAAAUUAUAACAAUGUUAUGACUUAUUUUCUCUGAAAAAUUCAGACUUGGAAUGGAUUUUUGCAGUAUAUUUUUUCUCUCGUAUGUUUUUUCCCCAGUAAUUUUAAAAUGAUAAAAAAAAUCUUGUAAUUCUUUGACUAUACUUUCAUAGUAAAGUUUCAUACAAUGACCUUUAUUUGUCACAUUUUGAAUGCACUCCUGUAAAAUAACCUUUUCUUUCAUAAAAUUAUGAAUUUGUUUGUAAUAUUAUAUUAAUAUUAAUAUGUUAUCCUCAUAAAAUUAUCACUUGUUCCCUCUUAAAACAACUUUAUUUCUGAUAUUUUGAAUUUAUUCUCAUAAAAUGUUAAGUUUUUCAAUGUUAAAAUUAAAAUUAAAUUAAAAGUUUUUGAAUUUUUGUCAUGCAAAAUCAUUACUUUCUCCCCUAUUGAAUUUAAGACUUUAUUCAUUAUAUAGUUUUUAUUAAUUUGAGUAAAAUUAGGACAUUUUCCCGCUUAAAAUUCCACCUUUAUUUGUAAUAUUUGAAUUGAUUCUGGUUUAUUGUCAUGUUCUUUUCUUUUCAGUGUGGCCUUCAUACUCGUAGGUCAGUCGAGCACAAGAAUGCCCCCCAAGCAGUGCAUUUCAUCCAACCGUCUAGCCGUCAACAUGUAAAACAAUUCUGACGCGCAUCAUUAAAAUGUAAAUCCAAGUCGUCACUGGGUUAAAGUGGGUCCAGCCCAUAAUGAGUGGAAUGUAAACACUGUUUGGAUCAACAGCCAAGUGCUUCAGGCUGCGUGUGGCGGCUCAACCGCGCCAUUAAUGCCUCAAUAAGACUUCAUCGGACGCCACCGAUUUGUGUCCAAAAGCAUUUAGCUUGCCGUCCAAGCUUCUCGCUCUCUCUGUUUGCGAUGGGACGGGGCAUUCCAUUCAGCUCAUCUCCCUGAUGCCUGCACCAUUACUGCCUAAUGACAGUGGAAAAUGGAAUCUGUUUGGGACUCCUAUUAGACUCCUUCCAUUGGAUUUCAUUAUUCUGUACCAAUAACUAUUUCUUUCCACAGUGAUGACGAUGAUGACGCUUUCAUUUUGUUCACUUUGUGUAUCUGGAGAUUUCCAAAGUGGAGUUUUAUUUUAAGCAGUGUUUUCAGGUCAGUUGGGUUUUUGUUUAUGCCCAAAUUAUACCCAGCCGAACUGAUUUCUGGGCACUUCAAAUUAUUCAUAAUUUAACGUUGUGUCCGCCGUUUUGUCAGACUACAUCAUCUUAAGUAGCAUUAAAGAAGAUUCUAAACUGUCCAUAGGUGUGAAUGUGAGUGCUACUGCUUGUUUGUCCAUAUGCGCCGUGCGGUUGAGUGUACUCCGACUAUCGCUCAAAGUCAGCCGGGAUAGGCUCCAGCUCACCAGCAAACCGAAUGAGGAAAAGCAGUCUCGAAAACGGAUGUAUCGAGGAUACAAUAGCAAAAAUGUGGUGGAAUAGGAAAGGAGGGUGGCUUGAGUAAAAUUGAUUGUGAAAACCAAAUGUAUCCAAAUGUAGAGUGGGCUAACUCCAUGUACAGAAAUGAAUCGAGAUAAGGCAUAUUGUUCAGAUAAAUGCUGGUCCACUCAGCACUUUUCUUGAUUCAUCAGCACAAGACUGGGCCAACUUCCAUUUCCAAGCUGGACACGCCCGUGAAAGCAGGCUUCACCUCUUGCUAAAAAUGGAGUAAGCCUACUCGAGUUCUUAGUGGCUCAAUUGUGAUAUAAAACCAAAUAAUAUAAAGAUUAGCGAACCCAUUUUUUUGUUUUAAUACAUUGCAGAUGGAGAAAUAAUUGCAAAUAUAAAACGUUUAUUACAGCACAUUUUGUCAUCUUGUGAAAUGCUAGGUAAAGGCAGUAACACUAAAAUGGACACCGUGCAAAUUCUUCCUCUCAGCUUAAAAUGAUACAUUUUUAAAAAAAAAAUUACAUUAGUUUUUUGUAAUAUUACGUUAGUCUCACAAAUAUUUUUCAGAAUAUUUUUACUUUGUUUUUCCUAAAAUUACAACUUUUCCUCAUAAUUCUGUAUCACCACUUUAUUGUCCCAAAAUUACAUCAUGAUAAAAAUCCCCCCCCCCCCCCCCCCCCAAACUCUUAAAAUUAUUUUGGGAAAACAUUCCAAGUUUUAUAUGACCUGAUUUAACAAAAUUACACUUUUGCUGUAAUUUUUUUGCUGACUUGCUCAUUUCAAGCUCACAUUUCUCUUUGCUUUUCCACAGCAGCAAUAGAACAAGAAUAUGCAAACGUUCGACCAAUGGCAGUGAGGCAUUGUGAUGCAGUGUCUUACAUAAAAAGAAGUUUCUUAUUGCUGUAAAUUGGAAAUCAGUGUUUUUUUCUCUAAACUUUAUUUGAUUAUUGUAUAUUUUUUUGCAUUUAUCUACUGUGCAAUCCCAUAAUGAAUUGUGCAUACAUACAUCGUGCCUAGCAUUAUACUGUAGUCUCCACAUAAUAUAUUCUUUGUGUGUGUGGCUGUACAAUAUAAAUUAAUUGUCCCUUAUAUUCCAUAUGUCAGUGCAAUAGAAUAAGAAUAAACUAGAGUUGAGUACAGUUAUUGUGAUUUCCAAUGCUUCCUGUUCCCAGAACUCGAUUAUGCAUGUCGGAAAAGCACAAAAAAUGUCAUGUGGCUCAUUUUUUGCAAAACUUUUUAAUGCAAUAAAGGAAUGUGAUGGUGAA